AACAUAUUUCGUCGAACAGGUCUAGAUUCAUAUAUCCAUCUUUGUUUUCUGUCCGACUUGUGGUUUUGCUCUCUCUUUCUCUUAUCCCUCAAUUUUGACACUUCAAUCCAUGGUCUAGCGUCUAGCUGGUUUUGUUCGAUCGCUUCUUUCUCUUUCUCUCCCGAGUGCUUGCACUCCGUUCUUUUCGUUACUGCUGGACAGUUUGCUUUGCCGUUAAUUUCGUUAUACCCCUUUGGUUUCCUUGGAAUCUCUCGUUUGGAUCACGUUCGCAUCCCGAUCACGAGUUGAAACGAAAGAACAAGUCAUAAUGCAGUACUCAGCCAGAAACCUCGCGGCCUGUCUCCUGGCCAUCUAUACUCACGAGACUCUCGCCAGACCACAAGCUAUUCCAUUUCAGAGCUCCAACGUGAGCAGCGAGACGACUGUUCCCAUUGCGACAUCUGCCGAAACACCAGUGUCUCUGAGACCUCUUGCUGGCCUUGCUUCGUCGGCCGUGGGUGAGGCAGCUACCUUGGUUACCACAACCAGUGAGCUUAUCCCUCUUAUUCCACAGACAUCAACGACCGCCGGAGCGUCAGUGGUGUCUCAGGUGCAGUCCACCGAAGUGACUUCAGCUGCCACAGCAACACUCAAUUCAUCGAGCCUUAUCGCCUCGAACACUGCCGUUGCUGAGGACUCAGCGUUCCCUAGCUCCGUCGCACUCGAGACGACAGCGACCGAGCCAUCCACAACUGAGACAGCCACGGCCGACGCGACAUCGACCUCGGCUACCAGCGGAUUCCUCGCCUCAGUUGUUAUCGAGUCUUCCACCAGCGCUAGUUCCGCAGUCGCAGAGACAUCCAGAGCCGCGAUAACCUCCCGCCCGUCCGGUUUCUUCCCCAUCACAAACGGCACUGCUCCAGGAGCCAGCGGAGUGGCCGGAGGAAAGCCACACGGAACUGGCGCUGCCCAUCAAUCACUGGUCACUGGUAUCUCCAGUCCAUCUGGUUCCGGUGGCCUUAAAUUUGGUAACUCGACACAGACUUCAGGGCUAUCAUCUGCAGUGCCAACCAGCAAAGGCGGUUCUAGCCUUACAACUUUGACUACCGUCUCGGAUGGAAUAACCCAAACGCUGGUAACGGCUAUCGCGGCACAGACGUCAGGCGUUGCUCGGAAUGCGUCGACUACCGCGACCACUGGAUCAAACUCAGGAGCCGGGCGGCCCAUGGAUAUGGUGGGUGGUGCUUUGGUCGCAGGUGCGGCGGGAAUGCUGGGGAUGAUGUUGCUUUGAGCAGGCAAUCGGCGUAGGCUCAGGUAGCGUUACGAUUCAGUAGCAAUUGAAAAGAAAUAUUGUCAAUAAUGAAUAAAAGAAUUCAAGACACUUUGAAUUGUAAGUCUUGAGAAAAGCGAAACAUGUUACAUGAAGUACGCGCAGAGGCGUGAUGUCAAGUUGUCAACUGCUAAAGUGCAAGUGCCCGGAUGAAGUUG